AACAGAAGGUCAAAUAUUUCUGUAGAUGAGAGAGUAAGCCUGUGAUCCCAACACCAUAGCUUAAUUGUCCUGCUUUAAGUCAACAAGAUUAAUCUAAACCGAUGGAUAUGUGCCGGGGUUUGUGCAGUAUGACCGCCAUUUUGUUAGUUUUAACACCCCACGUCACAUCCUCUGAUACCAAUAACAUGAGAAUUGCGACGUCAGCAAAGCUCUUUAUCGGAAAUGGAUCGGCCUCCCAGAGACAUAACACCACCGAGACCACGCCUGUUACAGAGACCACGCCCACAACCACCGAGGAGCUCACUCGUGAACAAGUGAUUUUAAUCAUUGCCCUGCAGAUCUCCUUGACAUGUUUCUUCUUUGUGGGACUGCUUGUGUGUUGCUGUCUAUGUUAUUGUUGCGGGGAAUACGACGACUGCGAGGAAGGUCGAGAGGGAUGUAGAGAUCGGUUUUCUGAUUGUUGCGAAAACUGUUUCUCGAGGUGCGUAUGCAAAUGCGAUGCCGAAGCCACACUCAUGGUUGCAUGUGUUCAAUCAGAACCAGUUUAUGUUAUAUCUGUUCAUCUGCCAGACGGACAGAGUGUGCGCAUGUCCGUAAAGGGCACGGAUAAAGUACGAGUUAUAAAGACCAAAGUCAAUAACAUCGUAAAUUUGCCCCUUUGUUACUUGAAUGUAUAUCAUGGUCUUAUCCCGAGUGAGUCGGACAGUCUUGACGAAGACAGAACUUUCAUGGAUUAUGGCAUUUACUUUGGAACAGACAGCGUGUUCACGGUCACGUAUGGCUUGCAUAAAAUUCUCGUUCAAUUUGCCGAUGACAGCCACGAAGAACAGUUUUGGAAUCCCCUACUUACCGUCGAAGAUUUAGUGAAUAUGAUUUAUCUUAAAUUACAAGCAGCACAUAAGGAUAUGAUUCUAAUCAAAGCCCAGCGAAAAGGAAGAGAUACACUCCGGACAUUGGUCGAAUCCGACAAGAAGACUCCUCUGUAUCGUCUACAUAAAAUCAAGGUGUCUGUUUCAUUCCAAGUGGUGUUAAAGAUUAUAGGACAGAACACCCAAAAAUCGGCUAAAGUAUUUCCAACGGAUACAGUGGACGCACUGGCGAAGAAUUUUGUGAGGGCAGUUAUUUUCAUUUACGAAGGGACACAACUCGGAAGCGACAAAAAGUUGAAGGAUUAUGGUCUCCAAGAAGGGUCGGUUGUGACUCUUGACUGGUCAGUAAAGGUUUAUGUAACACGUGGCGGUCAAAUCUAUAAAUACUCUUUGUUGGCAAGCAAGGUCGUCGGCACACUUAAGCAGAUUCUGGCGGUGGAUACCGACAUUCAUCUAUUUGAACAACACCUUAGUUUCCAUGGUAACGUUCUUAGUGACGAUAAGAUGUUUGCCGAAUACCUGACCUCCAAAAUGGAAGGGAAAAUGGUCAUCAUUCUUACCAGUCAGCCCUGGAGAGUACCAGUGCUGCUCCCUACCGGUACUUUGAUAGACUAUCAAGUUUCACCAAAUAACAAUGUGGCGUUUUUGAAAAAACAAAUAGAGGCAGACGCAGACAUUCCUGUUUCACGCCAGAUCCUACAAAUUGGUCAAAACGAUUUAGCCGAUGAUGGACUGCUCUGUGAUUCUAUAGUAACGUCCAGUAGUGUAAUCUAUCUGAAGGAACAGAUUGCCCUAAAGUAUUCAGCAAACUGGACACCUGUCAGUGCCAGAUGGAGGUCUUUAUUUGAAGAACUUCUGCAGGUCAGCGACGGGAACUUGAAGGAAGUGAACAACGUAUGUUUCAGCACAAAGAUCGACAGGUUUAAAAUUGGAUCCGGCAACAAAACUGAGGUGCUUCUGGGUAUUCGGCAUGAUGGCAGAGAGGUCGCCGUAAAAAGAUUCCCAAGGUCCAUGUCACAGAACUUUAAGAACGAGAAAGGCUUGUUAACUACAUUGGAUUCCCCAAAUAUCAUCCGGUAUCUUGAUAUUGCCAUGGAUGACGAGUUUCUGUACUUGAUUCUUGAGCUCGGGGAGUUUACUCUCAAUGAAUUUAUAUCUACAGAUGAGUACAAACAAAACCAGGGCAGCAUCUCCCGAGAUCUCGUAGGGCAUAUCUUAGAGAGCCUCAGAACCCUACACACUGGGCACAACGUGAUUCAUAUGGAUAUCAAGCCCCACAACGUUCUUAUAGAUAUCAGCAAUCGAGCAAAGUUAUCAGAUUUUGGCAUUAGUGUGGUCCUCCCGGAUAACCAGAGUACUUUCUACACUACUGCUAAAGGAACAUACCAUUGGGUGGCAAAGGAGAUAUUGGAUAGCGCCACUGGGAAAGCCAAAUACAAGAAAAAUGCCGAUAUUCAGGUGGCCGGGAUGUUAGUCUACUACACACUAACAGGUGGCAUACACCCAUUUAUGCCCAGUGGCGAGGCCGACGUGUUUCUGUGUAACAAGAAGGUGCAAGAUGGAAAACAUGACCUUUCAGCCUUGGACGACAUCGUUGGAAAACAUUUAGUGGCCUGGAUGCUGCAGCCAGACCCUGAGCUGAGGCCGACCAUUGAGGAAGCACUGGCGCACCCGUUCUUUUGGAAUGUGGAUAUGAGGUAUCGUUUUCUUGGUGCGUUGGGGGACGAGAAAGAAGUGAAAGAAAGUUGGAAACAGCAGCCACAUUCCGUAGCGUUGACACUGGACAGGUUGACGGUAUCCGUGUUUAACACAGUACCGCACUGGAAGGACUUGCUCGAUCAAGCUGUUUAUAACGGAGUUGCAAAACCAAGGAAAAAUGGCUACAGGUCUACUAUAUGUGAACUUCUUCGAUUUAUGCGAAAUGUGGACGUCCAUCUCAAAGAUCAGCCGCCCGCUAUACAAGCCAAUGUUGGUAAUCCCAUGACGUACUUCACCGCCAGGCUGCCUUUUGACGAGCUGUUCCUGAAGGUUUACAAAACCGUGAAAGACACCCGAUCUUCUGCUGAUGACUGGACGGUUAGAGGGUCACUGAAGGAAUAUUUUAAAGCAUAA